CGUUCAUAAACAGAGCGAGCUGCUGUCGGCAGCAGCAGCAGUUGCGGGCGGCGAGCGCAGCGCGGAUUAACGCUGAAAAAGCGCUUUAUUUUUAAUUUUUAACGCUUUAAACAGCCCUCUGCAGGGGGUUAUUUCUUUCCGACUUCAGCUACAGUGUUAGCUAAGUUUGGAGGGGAGAGAAGGGGAGAUUCGCGCUGUUUCGUAGGAAAUAUCUUAUAUUUUUUGCCUUCCUUUUCCUUUGUCGGGGAUUAUUAUUGACACGAAGGGAUAGAAUAAGUACAUUUCAUCACGAGGAAAAAUAAAAUAACCAUAAAUACAACGACAUGGAAAACGGAAAACCCAAGAAACCCUGUUGUGAAACUGUCCGCGAUUUUUUCGCGUCUGCAAAGUUCCUUAUCUACCUGGGACAUGCCCUCUCAACCUGGGGAGAUCGUAUGUGGAAUUUCGCUGUUGCGGUGUUUCUGGUGGAGCUGUAUGGAGACAAUUUGCUUCUGACUGCUGUGUAUGGCCUGGUGGUGGCUGGCUCUGUCCUGUUACUGGGUGCCAUCAUAGGGGACUGGGUGGACAAAAACCCUCGACUCAAAGUUGCCCAGACGUCUCUGCUUGUACAGAACUGUUCAGUUAUCCUGUGUGGCAUCCUGCUUAUGGUGGUUUUCCAGUUCAAAGAACAGCUCGACACCCUUUACAAUGGCUGGUUACUGACAUCUUGCUACGUCAUGGUCAUCACCAUCGCCAACAUCGCGAAUCUGGCCAGCACUGCCAUGUCCAUCACUAUUCAGCGGGACUGGGUGGUGGUGGUUGCUGGAGAUGACCGGAGCAGCCUGGCAGACAUGAAUGCGACGGUGAGAAUCAUCGACCAGCUGACCAACAUCCUGGCCCCGAUGCUGGUGGGCCAGAUCAUGGCCUUCGGUUCCCAUUUCAUGGGCUGCGGUUUCAUCGCCGGCUGGAAUCUCUGCUCCAUGUGUCUGGAGUACUUCCUCCUCUGGAAGGUCUACCAGAAGACCCCAGCUCUGGCCAUCAAAGCAGGACAGAAAGUCACAGACAGCCAAGAACUGAAGCAGCUCAACAUUCAGAAAGAACUGGAGCUCACAGACGGCCCGGUUGAAGGUUCUCAGCUGAUGAAUGAAUCUGCUGUGGUAAAGUCGGAUAAAGAGGAGAAUCCAGGUUGUUGCUACCAGAUGUCCGAACCCGUCCGCACGUUCCGGGACGGCUGGGUGGCUUACUAUAACCAGAACAUUUUCUUCGCUGGAAUGUCCCUGGCUUUCCUCUACAUGACCGUACUGGGUUUCGACUGCAUCACCACCGGGUACGCCUACACCCAGGGCCUCAACGGCUCCAUCCUCAGCCUGCUGAUGGGCGCCUCGGCCGUGGCGGGCAUUUGCGGGACGGUGGCCUUCACCUGGGUGCGGAAGAAGUGCGGUCUGAUCCGGACCGGAUUCAUCGCCGGGAUGGCCCAGCUGUCCUGCCUGAUGCUCUGCGUGGCGUCCGUCUUCGCCCCCGGCAGCCCCUUCGACCUCAGCGUCUCUCCUUUCCAGAGCAUGGUCAGACACCUGCUCGGAGACCAAGCCCCCCUGCCAGAGGCCACCAUGGCCAGCCUGAUCACCACAGAAGCACCGGCCGUGCUCAAUAUCUCCACCAUGAUCUCUGAAGAAGUUCCACACAUCGAGUCUUACCUGUCCGUCAGUCUCCUGUUUGCUGGCGUUAUUGCUGCUAGAGUGGGUCUUUGGUCUUUCGACUUGACCGUGACCCAGCUUAUCCAAGAGAAUGUGGCCGAGGCGGAGCGUGGAGUGAUCAACGGCGUCCAGAACUCCAUGAACUACCUCCUCGACCUCCUGCACUUUGUCAUGGUCAUUCUGGCGCCUAACCAAGAAGCCUUUGGGCUGCUGGUCAUCAUCUCCGUCUCCUUCGUGGCCAUGGGGCACAUGAUGUACUUCAGGUUCGCGUUCCAAAAUCUCAGGAGUCGGCUUUUCAUGUGCUGUUCGCCCGAGCAGAAAACGGAUGCAGACCCUCCCUCACUUGCUGUGUGAGCCAUUAAAGAGACGCUUCCCCCCCUCAAUAUGAUAAUAUCUGUAUUACUCUCUUAUUCAAGGGAUCCAUAUUGUACUAACAUGCUUGCAGAGCCUGUAUAGUAGUAUAGCUAUAUAUAGAUAUAUAUAUAGAUAUAGUUUUAUUUGACCCAAAGCCUUCGCCAGUGUAGAUCUCAUUAGGCAUAAGCUAUGUUAGCCAAGCAGAGACCCUUAUCACAAGCUUGUAGUUCGGAUUGGACGCUGAACUUUUGGCUUUUCUAGCUUUUUCUGCAUGCUCUGUGUUCUUGAGGAAAAACAAGAAACACAAAACUGCCUUCAGUCAUUAGUUCCCCAGCAUGCCUGGCUGCUGCUGUAGCGUGUUAAGUUCUACACCACGUCCGGCUGCUGCUGUACUGUGUUGCUUGUGCCCUGUGUGGCUGUGUAUAUCUACAACACAGGGAUAUUUAUUUGAGUUUUUUUUUUUUUUUUGCCCUAUAUGUUCAUAGUAAAUGCAUGCAUAAUAUGUAGAGAAUUUAUAGAAUUUAUUAUAUUAUAUUAUAACAUCUAUAGUCGACGUGUGUCAGCUUUGGUGGUGCUAAUAUGUUAUUACAAAAGCAAAAGCUAUGCACUCGUAUAUACAAAUAUAUAAACACUGUUUUUUUUUUAUCCAAAGUGAAACUCAAUUUGUUUUCAACACGAGGAAGUGAGGGAAUAAAAACAACCGUUUUUCUGCUGUUAUACAUUCCAGAUGUAAUAUUUGUGACGCGAACUGAAACUGGCUGUGUUCACACUACAUUUAAAAGUGGCCCAAUCCGAUUUUCUCUGUGUCUUUAAACUGACAUUCAUGCACAAAAGAGCAGUGCUUCAUGUGAAGUUUCGGUUUCGUCAAGGAGUUUCAGUGGAUGCAGCUGAGUUUAUCACUGAGAGAAAAAGGCACAGUAUUCAGACACACCCAAUUCUUUGAUUUGCAUCAUUGAUUUCUUUAAACUUUUUUUUAUUUUAUUUUAAUUUUUCUUUGAUGCUGCAGCCACAUCUGCCUGUAGCCUACUCAGCCAUUUCUUUACAAACACUGACUGAUUGCAACACAAGCCUUGUCAUUUAGUUUGAUUAGAGAAAUAUCCCCAAAUAUUUAGUCUUUUACCUCACUAUCCCACCACUGAAACUCUCACUCACUGCUUUUUUUGUCCAUUUUCCCUUUUAUUCAAGUCCUUUUUCACUUCUUCUUGACGCAAAAGACACAGAAAUUCUGAUCUGGCUGUUCACUCUCACUGCCGCAAAUUUGAUAUGUAUUUAAAAUUAAAAUCAUGUAAGAAUAUUUCCCAAUUAAUUGAAAAUACUAAAUCUGCCAUUACACUGCUACACAAAUGGCACAUCUGUGGCACAUCUGUCACAUAUGACAAAAAAAAGAUCUGAUUUUGGCCACUUUUACCUGCAGUCUGAACACAGCCACUGUGUAGCCGCUUCUGUUGACGUUUCUGCUGAAAGCCCUGGUGCACUUCAACAAAAAUCCCCAACCCCCCAAUAGCAUCUUAACCUUUAACCCCAAACACUGUAGCGCUCACACUUUAUGUCUGAUAAAUUUCAUUAGAUGAUUCUAUUUUAUUUUUUUUUUCUCAAUAGAUUGUUACACAAGCACUUUAAAUAAUUUGGAUUAAGAGUGCAUCUUCAGGACUUUCUGAUUUAUUGAAGAAAAUACACUUUUGCACAGUUUCCGGUCAUUGCCUUCUCACGCACACAACAAUAGCAAAGAGUUUUGUUAAUGUAAGAAGAGUUAAUGUUAAUGUGAUCCUGCAUCGGCUAGGUCACUGCCCUGACCAUGAUAAGCUUCGGCUUAUUCCACUGCCUUACCUGAAACGUCUUUAAAAAAAAAAAAAAACUGAUUUUGUCACAGAACUAAUUCCAAUAUUUGUUUUAUUUAAUUUAAUUUUAAGUUGAUAGAAUAAUUAAAAUAAUAAUAAAAUAAUAGUAUAAUAAUCCUAAACUAUUAUUUAGACAUUGGAACUAGAAUACAAUAUUGUAUUAUAAUAUAUGUAUUACAUCUUAUAUACAUUAAAUGUUCUCAUUCAGGUUUGUUGGCUCUAACAACAGUAGAUAACAUUGAGGUUGGCAUAUUCUGGCCUUAUUCAGAAUAACCACACUGGCGGCACAUGUGAGCUUCCACACCUUUCCUUUACUGCAAGUCUGUAUUUUGAUUAUUCAGAGUUUCCACCUUGCAGGUUCAGAUUCUUCAGCUCUUGCUUGAGUAGAAAGUAAACACUACUGCUGCUUAUUUUAGCUCGUGUUCAGUGCUGGGUAUGACCCAACCUGCCCAACCUGCCAAGUAAGAGCAGACAGACUUGGUCUCUGAGUGAAAUUACCUCCCCUGUAGGAAACCGCAGCCAGCUGAGACUAUAGCUGAGAGCUGCGUGUAGGCCUUUUUCUAACAGUUGUAUAACAGCAGAGAUGUUGGAUGUGUUGGAAGCAGCAUGGGUCGGCCAUAUGUAGGGAACAGGGAGGGAAUUAUACUGCAGUUUGGGGCAGAGUGCUGAGUCAGCGCUCUGGUGGAGAACUGCUUGUGAAGUUUUUUUUUUUUUUUUUUUGGUGAAGGGCAGCUGGCCUCCGCUGAAACGCAGGUGUCACGACCUAAUGUUGAUCUUCUGUCUAGAAGCUCAGCCCAAAAAUGUAAAGUAAAGCAUAUUUUUAAAGCAACAGGGCACAAAUCAUUCAAACUUGUUUCAGAAUCAUUCAAACGUCUUUCAUUUAUAGACUCUAGACUCUCAUUUGAAUUCUCUCCUUUUCUCAAAUGUGGCAAUUUAACUAUGUUGGUGAAUGUUUGUGAAAAUGAUUUGUGUGUCAUGUCACUGUGUUGUCCUUCUCAUGUCUCAUAUAUGAAUCUUUUUUGUAUAUCUGUAAAGUUUUUUUAUUAUUAUUCAGGUUUUUAAUGUAAGUUAGAAAUGAAGAGCUUCUGGGAUUUGCUUCUCCUCCCAACUGCAGUCCUGUAGUGUUAUAAAUAAACAUAUACCAUGUCUAUAUGCUGUACAAAAGACAAAUCCUACUAUCCUGUAUCCAGUUCAAUGUGACAUACCCAAAAAAGCAAAUAUACACACAUGAUGAUAUGAUUUGUAUUUGUAUUCUGAGCAGGUCUGGCUGCUUAAUCUGUUCUGCGCACAAAUGGCAAUAUGAUGAACACUCCACUUCAAUGGAGGGAGAGCAAACAACCCAGAAGUUGUGUUGCACAUGCUCGCUUUAAAUUGAAUAAAUAAAGAAACUUUCAUCCACA